AUGCGUUCACACACUGUGUUGGACUGGUACCAGUGUCUGCUAACUUCCAAUGUCUGCCUGCAGGAUGAUUUAGCACUCUUUUCCUAUGGCAGUGGUUGGUGUGUAUGCCCCAAUCAACAAAAGAUAGGUGUUGCGCUCCUUAUUGCACUUUGCUUUGAACCAGUCGGUGCUGCACUCCUUAUUGCACUCUUCUCCGAACCAGUCAGAAUGGAUUUCAUUUCAGUGUAUGCCCUGGCCAACAUGUUGCGCAAAGAUGCCAAUAUAAGGACAGGCAUAGACGUUAGUAAAGGGACACGCUCGUUUAUCAUCGCGCAAAGGAAAACAAAGAUGCCAGCAGCUCAGUGGACUACUAAGGGACAGUACAACUGGCUCCAAAAACAGUUGCUGGAGUAUAUUGCACUGCACAGCAAGGACAAGGACUAUGCGCACUUCUGGGCCAAGACUCAUCUUUAUUGGUUUAAAAGAUGGCCUGAGCAAGCUGCCCUCUUCCCUGAUAUCCCUGUUGAAAUAACGCUAACAGAAGAGCAACAAGCUGCAGAACUUGCUGCCGAAAAGACACAUAAAACAAAUGCAUCCAAGAAAAAUCACAGCUUAAAGAAGGAAAUCUCCAUCUUUGAAACCGCACUGCUACCGAAGUCGUGCACAAAAUCUGUUGAAGAAAUCUACAUGGAUAUGGUCUACGAUGAACAGAUCAAACCUCUAGUCAAGGCUGAACAAGAGGCAGGCAACGCAGCUACAGCUGGUUGCCACAUGGUGUUGGGCCAAAAGAUUUCCAAAGAGCUCCUGGAAGAUGAGUCAGAUGAGGUCAAGAAGGAGGUGAAGGAGAAGUACAACAAGCAAAAAAAGGUAAAGAAGGACAUGCUAGAUGAUGAGGCCAAUGACAAUGACGAAACCAAUGCUGAUGCCAUUUUUCCUUCACUGUUACAAGAACAUCUAGAUGCUUGGGCCCCUACCAUUUUUCUCCUAAUCCUCCUUGUAUCAGCCCUUGCAUCACACCCUUACCCCGACCUUACCCUUGUCAUCCUUGUCAUCCUCGCAUUCCCUUUUGCUCUCUACCUGUUGCUUCAGCAGAGCCAGUACAUCUGGCCGGAUCCUUUCGCUGACGAAGCAUACCCAUGCUCCAUUCCACCACCUGACUGA